ACUUGUCCUCCAGAUUCCCAGUGCGCUGGAAGAUAUCAAGGGCCAACUGGAGCGACUGAGUGCCAGUGGUCUGCUCAGGGGCACUCUCUCGGCUCAGCAGCAGAUGGAACUCAUCACAGGUGCCAGCGAGCUCUCCGACUGCGUCUCUGGCGCCGUGCACGUCCAGGAGUGUAUCCCCGAGAGCGUGGAACUGAAGCAGAAGAUGUUCGAGCAGCUGGACGCUCUGGUGGACGGCACCACGGUGAUGUGCUCCUCCACCUCCUGUAUCGCUGCCUCCAAAUUCACCCAGAAUCUCAAACACCGCAGCCGCUGCCUCGUGGCGCACCCGGUGAACCCGCCCUAUUAUGUGCCUCUGGUGGAGCUGAUUCCGGCCCCCUGGACUGACCCGGAGGCGGUGACCCAAACUCGCCAGCUGAUGAUCGAGAUCGGACAGUCACCAAUCAGCCUCAACAAAGAGAUGCCAGGCUUUGCCCUCAAUAGGAUCCAGUACGCCAUCCUAAACGAGUUGUACCUCGUCUCUGAGGGCGUGCUGAGCGCAGAGGACAUCGAUACUGUGAUGAAGGACGGACUGGGCCCUCGGUAUGCCUUCAUGGGUCCGCUGGAAACGGCACAUCUUAACGCUGAGGGCAUGCUCAACUACUGCGAACGGUACGGCUCGACUAUUGAGGGCGUCUCCAAGACGCUGGGGCCCAUCCCACACUGGGGCGGCGCUCAGGCUGAGGAGAUCCAUCGCCAGCUGACAGCGAUGGUCCCGCUGGAGAAACUGCAGGAGCGCCGUGCCUGGAGGGACGCUCGCCUAACAGCCCUGGCUAAGCUGAAGAAGGAUGCUGACAAAUGAGCCCUUAGUCUCCGACUUAGCAAUGAGUUGUCUUAGGAUCCAACGCGUCCGGGGUACAACCGUAUGUGCCUGACGUCAGAUACCAGAGAUAUUAUUUUGAUAAAAUACAAACAUUGGGUAUUAA